GGGGCGUUCCUAAUCACACUGAGUUCAGAAGCCAGCAGGGCAUAACUGUUGAAUAUUUCUGCUAUAUUUAAAUUAGAAAUAAAUUUAAAACUUCAAAAAAUGUUUCGUUUUGUGGUGUUGUUAUUAUGUGGCCUGUUGUCUUCCAGCCUUGCCACUGAUGUUAAGCGAUGUGACGGUGACAAACCUUUUCCCUUGGAAGUGCGCGUAAAAGGAUGUGAGGUGCCACCUUGUGAUAUUGUGAAAGGCACCAGUGUCGAUAUGGAGAUACAUUUUGUGACAUACAAAUCGGUCACAAAAGCCACUACCUUGGUUAAAGCCAAAACAAUGGGUUUGACUGUACCCUAUGAGUUGCCUGAAGAGGUACGCAAUGUUUGCCCCAAUCUCCUGUAUGGCGCCUAUUGUCCCCUCUAUCCCACCGAAGAUGUCACCUAUUUGUUCCUGUUUCCCAUUGCCAGCCAUUAUCCGGAAAUCAGUGUCACUGUGGAAAUUUAUAUUGAAAAUCAAGAUUCAGAGCUUUUGACAUGCUUCCGGUGUGACAUUAAAGUUAAGAAGGGUAAUGCAGGGGGCAGUACUAAGGAAAUUGAACAUCAGCUGGAUAAUGUGAAUGCUACGUUAGUUUAUUAGAUUGUGAUUUAAGAAAAAUUGUUAUUUGGAAAUCUCUGUGAUAAUUUUAACUUUUUAUUU